GCGGUGGCGGCUGCGAGGGGAGCCCCGGGGGGCGGCGGGCGGCGGGCGUACGCACCCUCUCCCAGCUCUCGCUCGCGCUCACUCGGGGCCCAUGGCCGUAGGGAGGCCGCGGCGGGGGCGCGGGCAGGGGCGCUGGCGGGCGCGGUGCUGACAGACAGCCGAGCCUGGGGCAGGCAGAGGCCGCGGGAGCUGCUGCUGGCUCGGCUGAAGGGCUACGGGGAGGAAGUGGAGGCCCCCGGGGGAAAGAUGAGCGCCCAGCUGGAAGAGAAGGAGCAGCAGGAGAGGCUGAGGGAGGCCGCCGCCCUGGGGGACAUCCACGAGGUGCAGAAACUGGUGGAGAGCGGGGUGGAUGUGAACUCCCAGAAUGAGGUCAACGGCUGGACCUGUUUGCACUGGGCAUGCAAGCGGAAUCAUGGCCAGGUGGUCUCUUACCUGUUAAACUCAGGAGCUGACAAAGAGAUUCUUACCACAAAAGGCGAAAUGCCAGUCCAAUUGACAUCAAGAAAAGAUAUCAGGAAGAUUAUGGGAGUGGAAGAUGAUGAUGAUGACCUUCCAGAGCUGAAGAAAGAUUCAGAACUGCCCUUUGUUCCCAAUUAUUUGGCUAACCCACCCUUCCCUUUUACAUAUACCACCACACCAGAUGGUUCUGCUCAGCUGCAAAAUGGGAGAUCCUCCACACCUCCUGCAUCACCUCCGUCUGAUCACUCGAUUCCUGUGGUGCCACCUGGUGAAACACCCCGACUAGGGUCCUUUUCACAUGACCAUACCUCCUUGGCACUAGUCCAGAAUGGGGAUAUGUCUGUCCCCUCUGCCAUAUUUAGAAAACCAGAAAGCACAAAACCUGGUCCUGUUUGUCAACCACCUGUGAGUCACAAUCGCUCCCUGUUCUCUCCUGUCACAUCCAAGGCACCAGUGUCUCUGGAUCAACAGAAUGGGACUUUUACAGGACCAACACCAGCAUUCCAGCCAUUUUUCUUCACCGGAGCUUUUCCAUUUAAUAUGCAAGAGCUGGUACUCAAGGUGAGAAUUCAGAAUCCAUCUCUUCGAGAAAAUGACUUCAUUGAGAUUGAACUUGAUCGACAAGAACUCACCUACCAGGAACUGCUCAGAGUGAGUUGCUGUGAACUGGGUGUUAAUCCAGAACAAGUGGAGAAGAUCAGAAAGUUACCAAAUACUCUGUUAAGAAAGGACAAAGAUGUUGCCCGGCUUCAAGAUUUCCAAGAGCUGGAACUGGUUCUGAUGAUAAAUGAAAAUAACUUUCUAUUCAGAAAUGCUGCAUCAACACUGACUGAAAGGCCUUGCUAUAAUAGGAGAGCUUCAAAACUGACUUACUAACAGCAUCAGGGAUCCUUACCACUGAGUAUUGGGACGGCACAUGUCAGUUCCUGUCCAAGGACAAACCAUUGAUCUAAAAAUCAAGGCUAAUGCCCUAAAAUUCUGCAGUUACCUGAGAGGGCCAUGGGUACCAUAGCAUAGUGCAUACUAACACAGUUCUGCCCUAUAGCUGUCAAUGAUGAUUGCAGAGCAGAUUAAUUAACCUGUUCUGACCAAGCAGAAACCCCCAACCCACAAGCCGUGGUGCUGCUCUUCCUUGUCUCUUGGUGCACAAACUCCUUGCUUAAAGCUUCGAAUCCCUGAAAAGUUGCCCAGAGAGACAAAAGCUAAAGGUUUCUUUAUAGAUUAUGUUUUAUCUGCAAAAUGAAAGAGCCCCCUGGCAAAAGGGUAGAGGGUGGAGCCUGUUCUUAAACCAAACUCUUAAACACUACCUUGACAAGAGGAAAUAAUCUUUUCCUGGUGGUGAUUGCACACAGUUCCCAUUUAGUAUCAGCUAAAUGGAGUGGGGAAUAGCCUCAAAACUAUAUCUGAUUAAGGACAUUUUCAAAGCUUCAGUAUGUUGGGGGCAAAUACAGGUACCAGACAGAUGAAUUUAUGUGACUUGCAGCUAUAAGGUAAUAUAUUCAUAAAUGUUACUCAGGUUAAAGGUAUUUAAGGCUACAGUAGCAUACCCUAGUUGUAAAUAUGCUGUCGACCAAAAUAGCUUCCCUCCUGUUUUCCUUUGUAAAAACCCAUUCAUGACUGCUUAUCUGUUCACAGUAUGAAAAUCAUUGCCUAGAAAAUAGGUUAUCUCUGCAUUAACUUCUUAGUGGUCACUAGAGGUCUCUCUAAUGCUUCUUAAAAAAGUAACCAGAUUUCUUACUCCUUGAAGCAAUUACUGUCAUCAACAUGCUUAAUUUCAACAUGUAAAAAAGCCCAAAUGCUGCAGUCCCAGGGUCUCCACCUUCACUUUCCAUUAGAAUUAAAAAGCAAUGUUAAGGUUGUUCUGUUGCUAUUUUGAAGGCUAUUGUGAAAAACAUAGCAGAAAAGGGGUUAGCAUCUUUAUUUUUAUAUCAAAGAUAAAGUUAUUUUAAAAUUAUUAGGAUUUCUAUGCAACUUGAAACUCUCUGUUGCUUUUGUAAGCAAAUUAUGUUGGGUCUUUGAGUUUUGUGUUUUUCUACUUAAAGCCAAUUGUAAGCCUCACAUGACUUUCUGGAAUAAGUUAAUUGAGAAGAACUGAUUAAACUCUUGUGCAUGGCAUAAGAAUUUUUUAAUGGAUUAAUUCAAGGUUCUUUUUUUCUUCCAGUGUCUUUAGUGCUAAAGAGAAGCUACUGUCUUGCUUAAACUAACAACUUAACUUCCGAAAUAAGAAUUAGCACACUUAAAAAAACAAGAUGGUGGGGGACAGGAAGCCAGCUGUUGAGUGGCAUCCCUGCUGUCUUAGGAAGCUUUUUUCCCCAUAGUGCCUAUAGUUUCCAAAGAAACUUAACUUCCUAACUGUGUUAACUUAAUUUUAUUGGAACACUACAAUUUAGUGAGAAUGUACAAAAGAUGUCAGUGGAAUAGAAUGUUGUCCUGAGGUAAUGGCCUCCUGCUGCUACCUAAAUGCUGAAGCUGGGUUGAGGUGUUUUUCAAGGCCAGCUUAAUCCUGUGUCAAUCUGUUUUGCAACUUAAUUCUUGUUCUACCAAAUUACUGAUUGUGACUUACCCUUGUACUAGGUGUUUGUAUAGUAGAAUGAAGGUUAUUUAUUACUUACCUACUUUCUCCCAAGUGGUUUAAGGUAGAGACCUCCCUUGUGCUUUAGCCAACUGGAAAGUGAAUUUGCUCAAAAGUACUAACCAUUUUUUGUUUGCUUUGGAAAAAGACUUCAUAUUGUACUGAUAUGAUGAAGGCCAGGCCUCUGUCAGAGGAGACAAGCCUAGUAUAACCUCGCCUUGAACCUACUUGGAACAAAACUCUUUCAGCCAUGUGUGGUAGUAGUUGGUGGCUGGAUAUGUCUCUUCAGUGUAGCAGCAGGUAGACACAACCCAGAGUGGUUCUCAAGCUUAUUCUGUCUUCAGUCAGCUCUGAACUUAAAGUAAAAACAAAAGAACUUGGGGACCCAGAGGUGAAUUAUAGGCCUGGUGGAGAGUUGCCCUAAACCGAUCUCCUUCCUAAAACUAUGUCUGGUCAGUUGGUUGAAACUCACAUUUAGCAUCUGAAUUAUAAGGCACAGUUGCUGGUAGGUGAGUUUAACGUCUUAAUCUAUGCAUUCAGAGAAAUAUUUUUAUAUGCUUUGUGUAAUUUAUAACAAGGAUUUUUUUUAGCUUUGUUAACUGUGAAUCUCCCCCAACUGCAUAACUAAAGCAUGUGUUCACACCAUGUAUAAACAUCUGAAGGUUUUUCUCUUCAUGCAUUGCUGACUAUUUAAACGUAACAAGUAUUAUUAAAAUUAAAUAUUAACUGCCUGAA